AUGAUAUAAGAGAAAACAUAGUUUUAAAAUCUAGAACAAUUUUUAAACUCUUUACCUUAAUUGCAUAAGGUGCUCCAUAUUAAUUUGAGGGAAAAUCUAAUUGAUGAUGAGGGUGUAUUGCGCUUAGGUUAUGGUUUAUUAAAGUGCCUUAGUCUUUCAAAUUUGACACUUGAUCUUUCUAAAAAUAAAAUUGGUUAUAAAGGUGCUUCAUUCUUAGGUAUUUGUUUAGGAGAAUGCAUUAAUCUCAAAAAUUUGACACUUUACCUGAGCAAUCAUUUUUUUUACAAAAAUCAAAAUUAAAUUGGUGAUGAAGGUGCAUCAAAAUUAGGUUUUGGUUUAGGAAAGUGCACUAACCUCUAGAAUUUGACACUUUAUCUUGACUACAAUAAAAUUGGUGAAACUGGUGCAUCAGGUUUAAGUUCUGGUUUAAGGAUGUGCACUAAUCUCUCAAAUUUGACAAUAAAUCUUGAAGAGAAUAAAAUUGGUGAAAAAGGUGCAUUAGACUUAAGUUCUGGUUUAGAAAAGUGCACUAAUCUCUAAAGUUUGGCACUUAAACUUGAGAUUAAUUAAAUUGGUGAUGAGGGUGUUAAACGCUUAGGUUCUUCUUUAGGAAAGUACACUAAUCUUUCGAAUUUGAAACUUUAUCUAAGGUACAAUAAUAUUGGUGAUGAUGGUGCAUCAGGUUUAGGUUUUGGUUUAGGAAAGUGUGCUAAUCUAUCAAAUUUGACACUUGAUCUUGGCAAUCAUUAUCAUAACCACUCUUCUAAUAAAAUUGGUAUUUAAGGUGGAUCAAGUUUAUGUUCUGGAUUAGGAAAGUGCUCUCAUCUUUCAAUUUUGACACUUGAUCUAAGCAACAGCAAAAUCUAGAAAUCAAAUUAAGUGAAAGCAAAAUGCCUCAAAUCAAAAAGAUUAGUUUUCUUAAAAAUAGAUUUGUGA